AUGUUCCUUCAACGCACCGCCUCCGCCCUUGUGCGGCGCUCGCCCGCUCGUGCCCUCAAGACUGCUCAGCGCCCUUUUUCUUCUUCCAUCCUGCGCAGCGCCGAGAAGAAGUGGGGAGUCGAGAAGGAGGGCAAGAUCCUGUCCUUUGACGAGAUCAAGGUCGAGGAUGAUCUCAUCCCCCCUGGUGCCAAGCCUGGUACCAUCCCUACCGACUACAUCCAGGCUACCGGUCUUGAGCGUCUCGAGCUCAUCGGUAAGAUGCAGGGCAUCGACAUCUUCGAUAUGCGCCCCCUGGAUGCUUCUCGCAAGGGAACACUUGAGGACCCCAUCAUCGUCAAUGGUGCCGGUGAUGAGCAGUACGCUGGUUGCACUGGCUACCCUGCCGAUUCCCACCAGGUCAACUGGCUGACCGUGUCCCGCGACCGCCCCCUCGAGCGUUGCGGUGAGUGCGGUAACGUCGUCAAGUUGAACUACAUCGGCCCUGAGGAGGACGCCCACGCCCACGACCACGGUCACGGUCACCACCCCCCUCACGAGGAGCCCAAGACCUUUGCCGAUUUCGUCAAGCCCGAGUACUGGUACCGGUAA